GCGAGGCCUCGCUUCUGGAGAUCGGUGUGACACUCAGUGACCUCCUUCUGCAUGUAUUACAGGGGUGUUGGAGAUGGCGGCCACAGAGAGCACGAUCCGUUUCAGCGGCCAUACAUUGGACAAGGCUACUAAGGCCAAGGUAACAUUGGAGAAUUACUACAGCAAUCUGAUAGCUCAGCAUAUCGAACGAAAGCAGAGGCUCGCAAAGUUGGAAGAAUCGUUGAAAGACGAGGGAUUGUCGGAGCAGCAGAAGCAGGAGAAACGGCUGCAACAUGCCCAGAAAGAAACUGAAUUUCUCCGCUUGAAACGUUCUCGGCUCGGUGUCGAAGACUUUGAGCCUCUGAAAGUUAUCGGCAGAGGUGCUUUCGGAGAGGUAAGACUCGUGCAAAAGAAGGACACCGGACACGUGUAUGCGAUGAAAAUUUUAAGAAAAGCCGAUAUGCUGGAGAAGGAGCAAGUGGCGCACGUGAGGGCGGAAAGAGACGUUCUGGUAGAGGCGGAUCAUCAAUGGGUCGUAAAAAUGUAUUAUAGCUUUCAAGAUCCUAUAAAUUUGUAUUUAAUCAUGGAAUUUCUUCCAGGCGGUGACAUGAUGACACUGCUGAUGAAGAAGGAUACGCUUUCCGAAGAAUGCACACAGUUUUAUAUCUCGGAGACGGCGUUAGCGAUCGAUUCCAUUCACAAGCUGGGAUUUAUUCAUAGAGAUAUCAAACCGGACAACCUGUUACUGGAUGCACGGGGUCAUAUAAAACUCUCUGAUUUCGGGUUAUGUACGGGUUUGAAAAAGUCUCACAGAACCGAUUUCUAUAGAGAUCUCAGUCAAGCGAAACCUUCCGAUUUCAUGACAUCGUGCGGAAGCGGAAGUGGCGGAGCGAUGGAUAGUAAAAGGAGAGCAGAGAGCUGGAAAAGAAAUAGGAGAGCGUUGGCUUACAGUACGGUAGGAACACCCGAUUACAUAGCUCCGGAAGUGUUUUUGCAAACUGGUUAUGGACCUGCUUGCGACUGCUGGUCCUUGGGCGUUAUCAUGUACGAGAUGCUCAUAGGAUAUCCUCCCUUUUGCAGUGAAAACCCCCAAGAAACUUAUAGGAAAGUUAUGAAUUGGAGAGAGACUUUAGUUUUCCCGCCAGAAGUUCCCAUCAGCGAAGAAGCGAAAGAUACUAUAAUUAGAUUCUGCUGUGAAGCUGAUAGGAGACUAGGUGCGCAAAGAGGCAUUGAAGAGCUUAAACUAGCUCCGUUCUUUCGUGGCGUCGAUUGGGAACAUAUCAGGGAAAGGCCAGCCGCAAUUCCAGUCGAAGUACGUUCCAUCGACGACACCUCCAAUUUCGAUGAAUUUCCAGACGUGAAAUUGGAAAUACCGUCAGCGCCGAUGCCUCAAGACGGAGAGGUAAUAUACAAGGACUGGGUGUUCAUUAAUUACACGUUCAAACGAUUCGAAGGUUUGACGCAACGAGGCACGCCAACCAAGAAAUAGCAACACUCGAUUUCUUGCUCGGUUUCGACCAGUCAGCAGCCUGACGCAACUGGAAUUCCGGCCUUGGUACAUAACCCGUACCCUCCGAUGUCAUCGGCGACAUCACGAAUGGAUGGUUGAUUCGUUUUGUCUUCUGUAAUACGGUCCAGUCAAUCAUCGGCAGCCAGUCGCUUUUUACAUGUACAUACGUGAUGGGACGAGCACGACGAACGUACAUACGUACACACGUUACCGUAUGAAGAUGUGAAACAGAAGAAAAAGAAAAGGAGGUAAAAGGGCAAGAAGAAAAGAAAAAAAAAAAAAAAAAAAAGAACACGACAAUGGCGAUAAAAGCGUCGUCGUGUUGUUUUACAAAGGACAAAAAAAAACAAAAAAAGAAACGGAGUGAUGAAUAUUCCGUAGGCAGACAGGUGCGAAAAUCGUUGCACAUGUGAUAAGGAAGAACCGAGAUAUUUUCAUGCGCACUUGGUAACGUUUUUAGUGAUGUCGUAACUAUAAAACGUGCUUGUUUUUCGUUUUAUCGUGAAUAUUGUUUCCAUCCGAUCUUCGAAUGCGUAGCAUAAUAAGCUCUCUUUCUCUCUCUCUUCCUUCCUCCCACUCUCCCCUCUGCCUCCAUUCUCUCUCUCUCUCUCUCUCUCUCUCUCUCACUCUUUCUGCAUUAUUAAUGGCAAAAGCAAAGAUGGAGCCUCGGUCCCGUUGAUUCUCGCAGAAUGUAUAAUUUUUGUGUAUUUCGUUCGAUGUUCUUUCCCUUUCCAACGAAGCACUGGUUUAGCUCUCGUUUUCAGCUCUCUUUUAAACGUUGUAUUUAUAGCUAGCACUGUGAUAUAAUAUUGUUUAAAAGUUUUAUAUACAAAUCGCUGUUUUGUCUGUUAACGAUUACUGAACUUUACGAAUGUUGUACUCUGUUCGAUUGUGCUUACGUUUCAUUGAAAAAAAAAAAGAAAAAAGAAAUUUAAACAUUUGUUGGUAUAAAAAGAAAGGUAUUUUAUAUUUAUAUAUUUUUUGAGAGCUUUUUGUCUGGGAUGGUUGUCUAGGAAUUGCACGAAAAGUAAUAACUGAUGAAAUAUUCGAUAGGGCCAAUCACUGUGUUUAACCGCGGCAGGUUUUGUUUUUGUUCAGCUUUUAUAUCAAUCGUAGUAUCAUACACGAAAUAUUCGAAAUUUGUACGACGAACACUGUUUAAUUUUUUCAUUUAUAUAUAAUCCAUAUACUUUCGCUAUGAAACGCUGUAAUUUGGAACAGACCACAUUACAAUGUGUAGGUAUCGUGGCACAAGCUUUUUGCGUAAUUGCUUUGUAGUUUUCUCUUUUUUCUUUUGUAUCAAUAUACGAUGUAUCAUUAAAUAAAAUGUAUUGCAGUUGAUUAAUUAAUUGAUUAAGAGAAGAAUUGCGACACGUAGAAAAUAAAAGAGGCAUGUAGGAAGGAGAAUCAUACAAGGUACCGGGUCUCUUUCUUAGAGGACAAUUUAUAAUUAACAAACGGUUUUGUUCGAGCCUGAACAUUAUGGAAAUUGUGUGAAGCAUUAAAAGACACCAUAAAAAGAGUGUGAACACGGAAAAUAAUAACGGAUACAUUCGUAAAAUUCAGGGCUCCUUCGUUGCCUUAUUAAGGUUCCUAACACAUGUACACGCGCGCAACCCAACUCAAAAGAAAAA